UGUUAAUGAACCUAUGUAUAUUCAUGUAACCUCAAUAAAAGAGCAGUGUUACGGGGGAGCGGACGAGAGCGACUGGGGUCAAGCGAAGGAACGGCGCUUGUCGUGGUUCUCUCCCUCAUAUAUGAGUAACACAAAGAACUUUGCCUACUUGGUGUUCAAUGCUUUUGCUGUGUAGUUGAAUUGUCUUGAACGUUCCAGCGAAUAGGUUUAAGCUACAAACCUAUCACACCUACCCUGCUCUACAGGUUUGGAUUUGUGGGUGUUGGGUUUUGUUCGCCAUUUUAGAGAGAUUUUUAUAUGAAAGUUCAUGCAAAUAUGUGUGAGUGUUGAGUUUUCAUAAGAACUGGAGGAACCUUUUAUUAAUGUAUUUUAAUUCAUGCGAGAGAUAUAGUAGUGUUCUCUGGGAAGGAUUUUAGUUGGGAGACAUCUUGGCAGAAUCAGCUGAUGACCAAGACACACUUGAGUGCUUAUAUGUGCAGCACAAUAUAGAUUAAUGUAAUCUGUUACUGUCUUUUUAGCCCCUAUAUGGGUAUUAAAAGUAAAUCGUCAUUGAUUUUUACACUUGUUUGCCUUUCGCAUUACUGUAGCAGCAUUUAAGCGAGUUCAGGAACCUAAAUCUUAAGUUUUAUACUACUGGACAAACAUAGGAUUUAUCACCUAGAUGUAGAUGAAUGUGAAAUUGUAUUACAUCAGCCUGUUUAAAACAAAAGAGCUUGUUUGAUGUUUGAAGUAAUCGUCCUGUUUCAAAUUGACUUUCUUUCAGGCUUGUCUGCGCUGAGUCUGUGUUUCAGUCCAGAGGCGCGGACCUCUUUUUACUUGUGUCACAUCUGUGGUGAGAAGAGUUUACCUAGUGAUGUCUUAAGGCACUUCUUUUCUAUGGACCAUUACAGCAACUACAUUAAUUGCAUGGAUCCCAAUGCAAUGAGUUUCUCCUGGAUCCCCAGCAAGAAAAUGAAAGAGACUGAACUCAAAAACAGAGUAAAAGAAGAAGCGUCUAUGGACUUGCAGAUGCUGCAUUUACCUGAUCGUCUUAUGGAAAAGCUUAAAAGCAGCACCUACUCAGAAGUGAUGCUCACUCUAGGUGAAAAUGAGAAGCUUCUCAAGCUGAUUCAAGCUUUCAAGCCAGGGAAGAUGACGAUCCUGGCUUACCAGAAAGACAGCAACAGGAAGCAUCCGCUUCUUGGCAUGCAGCACCUCGUCGAGUGCGUUUGUGUCGGAGCAGAUGAGAAGAAGCAUUACCUCUGCACGCUCUGCGGCCUAACAGUCGGCGCCCACGUGAUCAUCAAACACGUCCUGAGCUUUGACCACAUCUUUUGGUAUUUUAAAGUGUGGCAUCCCUCUACAUUGUUGUCAAAAGAGUGCUACUCGCUGUACAAUCCCUCCUUUGAAUCCAUGAUGCUUGACUUGGCAAAGCAGACGGAGAAGAUUCAUGGAAAAAAUGAUUUGAAACAAGUGAGCCUGGAGCCCGCUGAAUUCAAGUCCGUAAACUUUAAAAGCUACACAGAAGCUUUGACGACCCUGGAAUAUAUCAAGAAGUGCAGCUUGAAACCAGCCAUCAAACCAGGGGAGAAGCUGGAGUAUCAUGCUGUCAAAAAUGAGUCGGCCCCUGCAAGCGUACCUUCAGAGCUGCGCUCAUACUGCCCAAGAUGUAAACUGCUGUGUCAGGACUGCGGUCUGACGUUGAAAAACAUAUCUCAAUAUCUCAAUCAUCUGUCAAAUCCAAGACACAGGGAGAUGUUGUGGAAACUCUUUGAAGAAGGAAUUGAAGGCUAUGAGAAAAAAGCUCACUUUUUCCUUCACUUACACUUGUAUGUCAUGGAGUGCUUCAAGAAAAAACAGCCAGCCAUUGGUACAACCUUGAUUGUGUCCUGCAUUACCACAGAAGUUGAUGCAGAGCCUUUUUACAUAUGCUUUGCUUGUCAGGAGUGUGUCUGUCAGUCCUUGAUUGAGCCACACUUAAACUCCCGAAAACAUGUUGUGCACACACUGCUGUUUGAGAAUCCCUGGCGGCUGCCUUUCGGCUGGGAGAAUCUGCAGGAUGAUCAAACACUUAAGGCAAAGGCGUGGGAGGAAGAGAUGGAGGCAAGACCAAAGGAGGUGGUUCUGAAGGUUCUUGAUAUGCCAUGGUCAGUAUUUUACAGGCUCAGCCCUCCUACUUUUGGAAAAGUUCCACCUUGUCAAACAUAUAGCAAGCUCCAAGGAAAUGAAUCAUUUCCUCUACUUGGCAUCGAGUUCAUCGUGAUGUAUGAUUUAUAUGUCAAAGAACCCAAUUCCCCAGAAGCACAUUUUCUGUGUUUGCUCUGUGAGAGGAGGCUGUCAGAGCACGAAUGCUACGACCAUGCAUUCAGCCGUGAACAUGUGGCAAAAUUCCUGGACCGUUUCCACCCAGGCUCACUGGAUUCCAGCGCUGAUGCAGAGACAUUACUGGACUUGGCAAAACAGGCAGCAACAAUUCACAAUAAAUCUCACAUACAGGUAAUAUAUUUGCAGCGUCCCAUUACGGAGCCAUACUCCUACUUUAUAGCAACCAAAAUCUUGGAACGUGUAAAGUGGAAAACUGAGAGCAAAAAGCUUAAACCCCAAAUAAAACUUCAUAGAAAACUGGUUCCGAGGAUAACUGUAAAAGACGAGCAACGUGUGAGAGGUGUCUGUCAGAAAAAUGGCAGCACCAACACAGUCUGUGUAGAAGAAAUCAAAAAAGAGCGUGACACACCGACACAAAGUGAAAAUGACUCGGGGUUGAAAAGUGAAGCGGCUUCAGAAGUAAUGAACAGUCCAGGUGAGGUGUGUCGGGCGAUAAAGCAGGAGCCAGAAGAGGCUAAAAUAAAAGGAUCAGCUGGGGCGAAGCAAAGCUGCCACAAUGCCAACAAAGAUAAUGGUGCAGACUCUGGGAUAGAAGAUGGCAGAAGUAGCAAAGAUGUCCCAGCACAGCUGAAGAAUUACAAAGAAAUGGAAAGAAAAAGACAGCACAGUGUGUCUGAAACAUCGCAAGAGGACUCGUGUCCUACUGAGUGUGUGGGGAGAGAAAUGGGCCCUAAAAGACAGCGUCCGACCUCCAGAGAAGACUCGUGUGACAAAGCCCCAAAAAUGUCUGAUAUUAGCAUAAAGAAGGAGAACAAUGAAGAUGAAGCCUGCAAAGCGGCAAUUGACAAAGGUUUUAUCGCUCUGCUUAAAUGCUGCUGUCCUCAGCAUGAGCCGGUCUACCUCUGCGAGUCCUGCUCUUUGAAGGUCUCAGAGAAGGACAUCGUCAGCCAUCUGACUGGAUUUGACCAUCACAAGGUGCCACUGGUGGAUGUUAAUGUAAAUGAAGAAGUUUACAGUAAGGUCUCAAAACAAAGCUUUCAGUCGGCCAUAGAGACAGUCAAGGCAUUUCAAACUCAGCAGGAUAUUGGGUCUACAUUCCCUUCAUCCUCAGCUCCUACCUGCGUAAAACCUGUGGACACUUCAGUCGAUCAACAUGACAAUACAAAGGGCAGCAUGAAGGUGGUGAACAUGGUAAUUGAUGCCGACCAAGAGGAGUCUGCGUUAUUUAAAGGCACUGGAAUAACUCAAGUCCUCCCUCAAUCAACUGAAGAGGGCACAAAGAGUAACAAAGCCCCCAAGCCAGCUAACAAAUCUGUCACUUGUCCAGUUACUCCCAGAAGUGGAGAAAACAUAGGAACUGCCUGCACCUCUAAGGUAUCUGCCUCAAAUGCAAAGUCAACUGCAGAAUCUGCAGCAGUGUGCAGAACCGGAGCUCCAUCGAGAGUGACGGCUACUUCUUCAAACAGAAUACCUCCUCAGACUGAAUCCACAGUGGUGCGAGAGGCUACUUGCAAAACUGCACCUUCCUCCAGAAGUGAAAAGUUUCCAUCUCAUCAGUUAAAAACAAAAGCCACCCCUCAAAUGGCACCUGUGGCUAAAAAGCCCAGAACCUCAGUUAGACCUGAGAGUGUGGAGACUUCUGCAAAGACCGUACAUGUGAAGAAUUCGGUGGGGCCAAAUGCAUCACAUUGUCAUAAAAGUAACAAACCCGGCGCUCCUCAUCAGGCCACGGGCACGUCUGUCAGGCCUGAACACAAGAAGCCACCCACAGAGCCACCCCAAACCUCCAUGAGUAAUAAGACAAAGCCAAGUGAAGGCCUUCCUAAAGUAGGCUUAAAUGAGCUGAUUGUGGUAUCGUGUGAGGAGAAGCAGCAAGUCUACUGUAAGCUGUGUUCAGUGAAGCUAACCAGUUCCAGUGACUAUCACCUGAUCAGCUUAGACCACUGGAAAAAAUAUGUGAAAACGAAGUAUCCUGAUUGGACCGCAAAGCCAUCAGAGAUGGAGAGAAAACUGAAUGAGAUAGCGAUCCCCUUGACCGAGGCUGAGAGGAGUCUCGGACCUCGCAAACCACAGAUUCUGAAAGUGAAGAAGGACGUGUAUGAAAAGCUGGCUCAUCUUCCAGAAGAUGAAGCUGUCAAAUAUGUGAAGUCAAUGAAUCAGAGAAGCUUGCGGCUCUCAUCAACCUCCCCAGCUGAUUCUGCCUCUGCCAGUCCAUGCGACGUUUCAAGCUCAGAUGAUGGGAUAAAUAAAAUGUCAGAACUUUCUACUUACGAAUGUCCAGCGGUGGAGAACAAAAACCAGCACCAGGCACUGUUGAUCCAGAAAGAAGAAAUGAGCUCGAACUCAAAAGUGGAGGCAGACCUGGCUGCAUCGAAGCCAAUCGGACAGAGCUCGGAAGGUGAAGACAUACAAUCUGAUGACAUGAUUCUGGACGAGCUUGAAGACGAGGAAACGGCAGAAAUUGAGGAUUUAGAGGAAGAUGUAGAGAUUCAGACUUGCACUGAAGUCAUGUCUGAAAUGCAGUGUCCUGAGCUUCGUGGCGGCGCUAGAGACCACAGACCAAAGCAGCCGAAGAGUGAAGAAUUUCAGGACAACUGGACAUUGCCAGCAUGCGCACAAAAACCUUUGACUGUCAAAUUCAGCUGCUCAGAGCCACUCUCUGUAGCUGCUUCAGCUCAUCCAGAAGGGCAGAACCAGCUGAGACCAAGGCAGAAGAUGGACCACGUGUCUAGAGGUAAUCCAGUAUCAGAAGAGCACAGUGCAUCACAGGCAUUCUUAAGAACUCCAACAGAGGGAAGAAAUCAGCGCUCUAGUUCUGACAGCAAUUUGUCCAUCUUCUUGAAUACAAAGGGACUGGAUGCUGAACCAAUUGUUGGUAAGGGUUAUGUGUUGGAGUGCCGCGGGAUUUCUUUGGAAACCCUUUUCUUAUGCACGUGCUGCGAGAAGGCGCUCUCUCACCGCGACAUCUGUCAGCACAUGGUCAGCUCUGAGCACCAGCUCGAAUACAUGCGGAAAGUAUACCCUCAGUUUCUCCACAAGUUCUGGGAUGAAGACCUGCCUUUAGACAAGAAACUGGAACUCUUAAAGAAAGUUUCCUGGAAGCUCUCAGAGCGGGAGCAAGAUGAAAGUCCAAAGGUUACGACGCUGAGAAAGGAGUUGCAUGAACGUGUUCAGACCGCUCCAUUCAGUGAAGCUAUAAAAAUUUUGCAAAAUAUGCAUACGGACAAAUCAAGUAAACUGGGCCUGGCGCAGGACAACGAUGAACGCAGGGUCUUGGUACCACAGCACAACAGUCAGCGGUCUGAUGAGCAGCCAGUUCCAAAUGAGUCUCUUUCCACAGAAAUGCAAUCAGCUCAUAGAGCUGAGCGAUACCAGAGAAGUGACAAUGCUCAACUCACACAGGAGCCUCAGUUAGAGGCAACUCAAACGGUUGGUGACUUGGAUGGGUUCCAAGAAAGAGGACUCCAGAGUCCUCUCAAUGUGAGCGGCUCCAGCUCGAAGGAUGAUCCUGUUGCCUCACUGUUGCCCCAUCCUGGCUCAUGUCUCAGCCCUGAAGAGACCUGCUAUAAGCCUCCUGUGCAACCAAAGCUCACGCCACCAGUCUCUGACUAUCAGCAGCCUGCCCUCUGCUUGCAUGUGAAACAGGAAGAGGCGCACUCAGAACCAGCAUGCUCUUCAGCUGCUAAUCCUACUAUCAGCCAAACGUUGUCAGUGCCUCCCAGAGAUCAGUGUCUCCCAUCCAGGGAAAGGCCAGCUGAUACUUUGCCAUACAUAAAUGAUGUAGACUGGAGAUUGUUUAGACACCUGAUUGCUGUGCUGAGAGAAUGUAGAAUGAAAGCUCCUGAUACUGUUGAGACUUUGGACUCCUGUGCUGCCGGUUCAUCUGAAAGUGUGGAAAAUAGGUUGAAUUUGCAUACAGUGACAAAAACUCCAACUUCCUCUGGCUCAUUUAAAAGCAUGCCUCUGACAGGAAACCCUGCUAAUGCAGGCAGUGAGAACCAACACUUCAGUCUGAGUGGAAGCUCAGAAGACACUUCAUCUUCCCUGGACCAUUUGAUGACUGGAAAUCCUUUUAAGGUUGAAGCUGCAUCUGGUGCAAGGGCUACUACCGCCACUGUUGAGCCCAAAGACCCACAGCAUCCACCAACUAUUGCUGAUCAAAGAGUCUUUGAACAUUUCAGCCCUGUUUGCUAUACAGACACCAGCCAUAACCCAGGACAGAUCCCACAGCCACAUGCUGACUCAGAGGCUGACAGCUCUGGAGUUGACCAGUUGCCCAUCAGUACCAUUGUAACCGAGAGGCUGACGCAAAGGUUUAUGGGACAUUAUACAGAACAGCCCCACACCGAGGUGAACAGCAGCCAUCAGGGCAGUUUCCCUACAAUUUCUGGAGACAACCCCACUGACUUUUUGGUGCCUUCAACCGGAUACGAGUCACACAGCCAAAUGCCUUAUGUCGCAAGUUCACAUCCAGGGUACGCACCGCCUCAGGCCGUAUUAGGUUACACAACAGGAGAAAACCCUCAAGUUUAUACUGGAGCUUUAAACCCAAGUGAAGGAUACUCUGCAGCGGCAAUCUACCCGGGAAAUUUUUAUCCACAGCUCGCCAUCAGCCAUUCAAGUUUGCAGUUAUUUGGGCAAUCUGCGGUGACUCCAGGAUGGGUGAGCUUGGAUAUGUUGCACUACUAUCCAUCAGUGAGGAGAUAAGUGACUGGUUUUUGUUUUUUCUACAAAAAAACAUUUGCUGUUGUGCGUUUUGACAUUUGAUUUUUCUCAAACUGUUUUUUGGGAGGGGGGGGGAAUUAAAAAAAAAACAAAAAAAACCAAAACAUGCCAUAUUAAGUGAGUUUUAUUCUUUCAAAGUAAUGUUUAAAUGGAUAGUUUAACAUGCAUGUUUAAUCCUUUCUUUUUUUUCCCCCUUUAAAAAAAAAAAAGAAGAAUUCAUUAUCUUAUGGUUGGGCACUAGCUAUCGUUAGCAUUUGGAAAGCCUGAGGUGCAAAUUGACACGUUCACUGCCUUUUUCUCAGUAUUUCUGUGUUUUCACUUGCCCUCCUGUACAGCAUAUGUUCUGAUCACAUUUAAGAAGCUAGAUUUAGCCUGUUAAAACUCUUUGUUUUGUGUGUUGUUUUUUGCCCUGUGGUUCAUUUUGAGUAAAGCGCACAGAUUUUCUGUGCAAGUAGCAAAAAGUUAUGUUUAAAACUGUUUGUAUUCAGUAUGAAGAGUGUGACGAAAUCUCAUUUAUUUGUAGCUUGUUUUUAAUCUGAUAAUAGCAGUUUUAUAUAUAUUUGUAGGUUUUUGUUUUGUUGGCUGAUUUUUGAUUAAAAAAACAAAAAGAAACUUGAUGUUUGAUUUUUGACCAUUUAAUAAUAGAUUUUGUUUGUUUGAUGAAUAAAAGGGAUGUAAACUUCCUCUUAAACAAAAGUAUUUUUAUGGGGUCUGAGAUGAAGUGUUUUGCUGUGUGCUUGCCUUUACACUAAAGGAGAUCUGUGUAUGAUUGGGCACAAACUUUAAGGGGAAGGGAGAGAGACACAUUCUCUAUUUUAAUAUUAAGCUUGAAACUUGCCUUUUUUUAAAUUUAUUUUUUU